AUGGAAGCAGCCUAUCUGCCGCCGGAAAUCCUACUCGACAUCUUCCACAGGCUGCCAGCCAAAUCCAUCCUCGCCUGCGUCUGCGUCUCCAAGUACUGGCUUUCCCUGAUCAAGACCCAUGAUUUCAUCGCCUCCCACUCCAACCAACAAUCCGCCAUUUCUUCCUCCAACCCACACCCCCUGUUUCUCAUCCGCCUCUGUUUCAGCUUCAGGGCUCGGGAGAACCACUACUUCCUUCGCCGCGACGACCGGGAAUUCACCCACUACGCCGAAGUCAAAACCAUUCCACCCAUCGUCAACGACAGGUCCUUCUCCGUCGUCGGAUCGUGCCGCGGAUUGGUCUGCCUGAUGCACAAUCUCUACACUUCCAACUACACAAUCGCCCUCUGGAACCCUGCAAUAGGGAAAACCAUCACCCUCCCCAAACCGGGCGUCACUUUCGAGACCCACGGCGGGUUCGAAUCCCUCCUCGGUUUCGGGUUCGAUUCGUCGACCCGGGAUUACAAAGUGGUCAGGGUGGUGCGGCUUCUGGAGUGCGAAGAAAUCGCAAUUGAAGUCGAGGUCUUCUCCCUCAACGCCGGGUCGUGGAAGCGGAUUACCUCCGCGGCACCGCAGUACAACAUCGUGGAGCGCGGGUCCCAGGCUUUCGUAAACGGGUCGGUCCACUGGGUCGCGAGACGGGGCAACAACAACGAGGGUUACAGGAACGUGAUUCUGGGUCUCGAUCUACAGGGCGGCGAAGAACGAUUCCGUGAGCUGGAGCUGCCGGAGAGCCUGAAGUAUGAGUGCCCGAUGUACCUGACGGUGUGUGGCUACAAGGAAUCGACGAUUGCGGUGUUCAAGAGGCGGUAUUUGGGGGAACCGGCGAGUCAGAUUUGGGUGAUGGAAGAGUACGGGGCGGUGAAAUCGUGGGUGAGGAUGUUGAUAAUCGAGACGUACGAUGGAGAAGUGCCGAGGGCGUUGGGGUUCAGGGGGAACGGGGAGGUGUUGUUCGAAAUCGCCGGCGGGGAGAUCGUGUCCGGCGAUCCGGAGAGCUUCGAGGUUUCGGAGUUAGGGUUGUGGGGAGUCGCUGGGUACUCGUUCGUCGGGAGUUUCGUGGAGACGCUUGAUCUGCUUGAUAGAUAG